GUAAUGGAACCCACUGAGGAAAUAAGAUCAUACCGCGCAUAGUCUUGAAAACCAUCAGCUGGCAGCUUAUAUCCCAAACAAUUAAUCGACAGACAGUAAUGUGCUCAGCACACCAUAUUAUAUACUAUUAGCUUGACUAGAUUGGCAUCUAAGUAGCAAGAUAAGCACUGGAAAGAAGAUAUCUCCCGUCAUUAUAUAUAUUUCUCCUUGUUUAUCACUAACCAUUAGUCAUUGAUAUCUGCUUCUCUCGACUUGCAUACGAGAUUAAAUAGAAUGCAGAUAUAAGUUAGGGUUUCUCCUUAAGAUAGACUGCUGGUAAGAGAUUGAGGAGGGCUGCUUCAGAAUGCAGAAUAUGGGUUCCCUAAUUCAAAUCUCGGGGGCAGCAAUCGCACUGGUGGUGAUGAUAAUGUGUGCACCCAUUGGAAUCAAUGCAGUCAGCAGAACUGGAGAAGGGAAUGUGGAAGCCCAAGAAUUGGUAGAUGCUGCUGAGAUAGAGAGUAUGUGUAGCAGUACUCUUUACCCAGAAAGCUGCAUGGCUAGUCUUUCUCCAUAUUUAACAAGCUCCUCUAAGACUAAGAAGAAAGUCCUUCACAUUGCAGUCAUGGUGGCCAUGAAAGAAGCAAACAGGGCUCAUGUCCACGCUUCUGCUUUCUUCAAUCAAACCAACAACCGCAAUGUAAAAAUUGCUGUUGGGGAUUGUGUGGAGCUCAUCGACAUUACCAAAGACCAGCUUAGUAGCUCACUGUGUGUAUUAAAAAAGGAUGAAAUUAGGGAAAGGGAGCAUAGCGCAGUAAAGACUUUGCUCAGUGCGGCCAUCACUAACAUGGAAACGUGCCAUGAUGGAGUUCUGGAGAAGUCUGAUGGGAAAUCAGAGGGUGGUCUUAUGAAAAGUGUGGAGAGAGUGAAAGUAUUCGCCAGUAAUUGUCUUGCCAUACUGGUGAACUCUGAAUCCAGUCAGGUGGACAAACUUGCUUUUCGUUCUGAGCCCAUCAAUGAAGGGUUUCCUUCGUGGGUUUCUGCAGCGGAUCGGAGGAUAUUGCAAGCCUCUGUAGAUGAUGUAAAUGCGGAUGUGGUGGUGGCUGCUGAUGGAUCUGGUAAGUUCAAAACAAUCACGGAAGCCAUUAACGCGGCUCCAGUGAAAAGCAACAAGAGGUACGUGAUCAAGGUGAAAAAGGGCACUUAUAAGGAGAAUGUCGAAGUGGGGAAGACAAAGACGAACAUACUGCUAAUAGGUGAAGGCAUGGAUAGAACAAUUGUGACUGCGAGCAAAAACGUCGUAGAUGGUUCCACCACUUUCAACUCUGCCACGUUCGCUGUGGUGGGAAAGGGAUUCAUGGCCCAAGAUAUAGCCUUCGUCAACACUGCCGGUCCAGACAAGCAUCAAGCAGUAGCUCUUCGAGUUGGAUCCGACCAGUCAGUCUUCUACCGUUGCAAGAUCCAAGCAUACCAAGACACACUGUACACACAUUCACUUCGUCAAUUUUACAGGGAAUGCACAAUUUUAGGCACUGUGGACUUCAUAUUCGGCAACUCUGCAGUUGUACUCCAGAGCUGCACUAUUCUGCCAAGAAAACCAGGGCAAAACCAAAAGAAUGCAAUAACGGCACAAGGGAGAACCGAUCCCAACCAAAAUACAGGGAUCUCCAUUCACAACUGCAACAUCAAGGCAGAUUCGGACCUUGCUCCUGUACAGAGGUCAUUCCCAACAUACAUGGGAAGGCCAUGGAAGGAAUACUCAAGAACUGUAUACAUGCAAUCUUCUUUGAGUGACGUUAUUAAUCCUGCUGGUUGGCUAGAGUGGUCUGGGGAUUUUGCAUUGAAAACCUUGUACUAUGGGGAGUACAAGAAUACUGGAGCUGGAUCUGCAACGAGGAACAGAGUGAAAUGGGCUGGGUUUCAUGUUAUAAAAACCUCUGCGGAGGCCAUUAAAUUUACAGUAGGUGAACUUAUACAAGGCGACGAAUGGCUGCAGGCAUAUGGCGUUGAUUUCAUUGACGGACUGACAAGUUGAAACAAAAGCUUACCUUGAAUUUUAUCUCUUUUCUUCGUACUGUUUAACCUACUUAGAUAUAACCGGGGUACCUCUGGAUCUAAUGCACAAAUUAGUUGUAUCUCCUUGCUAGAUCAUGGAGAAAUCUAACUUUUCUGCUCUGUUUUAACUGGUUCUACAGUGGGAAAGGUAAAUAAAUAAAUAAGAAUUAGUACCUGUCUUCUGUAGUGGCAUGUUGGGCCUCUAAAAUAUGUUGUUUGAUCUUGUGGGACCUCUAUUGUGCAUUGUGGAGUGAAAUAUUCAAAUAAAAAAAUGGUGGUAUCCUUCAUCAGAUUUAGAAA